AUGCAACUACGAAUCCCCGCACCCUACAAUACUCUACAGCAGCCUCCAGCCAACCGUGGAGUGUUUAUCUGCAUCGAUACCGAAACCGCAGAACAUCAUGCUGGAGUGAUCACGGAGAUCGGAGUGGCCGUGAUGCGGUUCCAUCCGAUUGGUCAGCCCGACAAGCCUUACGCAGCCCCUAAGAUCUCGGCCCAGCACUUUGUUGUCAAGGAGAGAUCGUCGGAUCGAUACCGAAACGGUAACUACGUCCCGGACCAUAGAGACUUCUUUUGCUACGGUACGUCGCAAGUGGCGCCUCUAGCCGACAUUCGAACAGUUUGGAAGGAACUUCUGACGGGCCUUACUGCCGGCUUUGACCAGGACCCGGUCUACUAUGUGGGCCACUGCAUCUCGGGGGACCUCAACGAGCUCAAGAAGAUGGACUUCCACAUUCCUGAGCUGCCCAUCAUCGACACUGAGAAGAUCUGGCGUUGUAUUAAAAAACAGGGCAAGGGCAACCUCACCUAUCUUCUGGAGGCAUUUUGCAUUCCUCACGCCUUUCUCCACAAUGCAGGUAAUGAUGCCUAUCUCAACCUGAUGGUGUUCCAGGCUCUGUGUGAUCCCGUUGUUCGCCAGGAACACAGCGUGGGGACCAAGUUCAACUACGAUCCACGAACCCCUCACAACAAGAGACGUCGAAAGAAGGCUAUUGACUACCCCAUCGAGUAUGCCAAUGACUACGACACUCUGGAAACCAACGUCAAGUAUCUCGGCAAGCUGGACGGCUGCAACCGUUUUAUCAAGAUUGGUAACCUGGAAGAGGAGGAGGAGCUGAUCCCCCGAAUGUUGCCUGCUGUAGUAGUCAAAGCAGACUCCCUGGCAAAGGAGGCAGUCCUUGGCCCCAACUCGGACCGAUACGAGCGACAGAAACUGUCUGAAGACGUUGAAAUGACUGGCCAGACUGUUGGACCUAUGGACAUGCUUGUACAACCGGCUUUGCAGGGUCGAGGACGGUCCCCGAACAACCAGCAGUAUCUACCUUCUCACAGCGGGUUUGACAGACCGACAUACACCGCUCGCCGGUAUGACCAAGACAACAACCAAGGUGCUCGAGCAGCCCACAACAGACAGGGAAUGUACAACAACCGUGGACAGAACCACAAGAAGCGAAGACAACCAAGGGGCGACUUCCAGGGUGCUCGCAGCCGGGACUCUAGUCAAAAACGAGGAUCUGGAGGUGCCUCUGGGACCCAGGAAUGA